AAGCUAAACUGUGACGUAGUGUCGUCAGCUGUUCUUGUUUUGCUUCUGUUUUCCCCGUCUGUUCCUUCACGGUCUGGAUAACCGACCUCCAUAAAUAUCCGCAGAGACACUGAAAUCCAAUUGAUUUCUAGCGGAGAAACUUGACAGCUGUGCUUCGAGGGCUCACCUUAACAACACCCUGUCCACAUUUCUUCCAAAUUGGAGCCGUCUUCCGCCGAGAUCGAGCGAAGAGGCGCAGCCGAUCCCAGGCCUCCAAUCCAGGGCGGGGGGAGGGAAGGAGGAGGCUGGGAAUCGGGAUGGAGACCGGAGAGGGUGCCGGCGGGCCUGGCGGGCCGGACGGACCAGGGAUGCAGUUUGGCUGCGCCUCUUUCAACCAAGACUCCACGUAAGUAAGCAGGAAGAUCACAAGCUGGUCACUGGCUUUGGGAACAAAGACUGGCUACAAGCUGUUUUCUCUGACCAUGGUGAAAAAGCUGGACUGUAUCCAUGAGAGUGAGACUCCAGAUGUCUACAUCGUGGAGCGUCUGUUCUCCAGCAGUCUGGUAGUCGUAGUGAACACCACCAUGCCACAGCGCAUGAACAUCUACCACUUCAAGAAGGGGACGGAGAUCUGCAACUACAGCUAUCCCAACAACAUUCUUUCUGUCAAGCUCAACAGACAGAGGCUGGUGGUGUGCCUUGAUGAGUCCAUUUACAUCCACAACAUCAAAGACAUGAAGCUGCUAAAGAUUCUGCUCAACACUCCGUCCAACCCCUCAGGUCUCUGUGCUCUUUCUAUCAACCAUUCCAACUCCUACCUGGCAUACCCCGGCAGUGCCACCAUUGGGGAGAUCGUAGUGUAUGAUGCCAAUAAUUUGAACACAGUGACCAUGAUCCCGGCUCAUGACAGUCCUCUGGCAGCUCUUACCUUCAACGCCUCGGCCACCAAACUUGCCAGCGCCUCUGAGCGGGGCACCGUCAUCCGAGUGUUCACCAUACCCGAGGGCCUGCGUCUGUUUGAGUUCCGCCGGGGCAUGAAGAGGUAUGUCAAUAUAAGCUCUUUAUCCUUCAGCCCGGAUGGCCAGUUCCUCUGUGCGUCCAGCAACACAGAGACGGUGCAUAUCUUUAAACUAGAGCAGCUGGGGCCAAGUGGAGGGGAUGAGGCUGCCACCUGGACAGCCUACGUGGGGAAGAUGUUCUCAGCAGCCAGCAGCUACCUCCCUGCUCAGGUAUCUGGCAUGAUGAGCCAGGACCGGGCCUUUGCCACCGUCCACCUCGUGAUGUCGGCCCAGAGGAACAUCUGCACCCUAGCUAUAAUCCAGAAGCUUCCCCGGCUACUGGUGGCCACAGCUGACGGACAACUGUUCAUCUACACCAUGGAUCCACUGGAUGGAGGCGAGUGCACGUUAGCCCACAAACACAGGCUGUUUGGUGUUGAUGAUGAUCAGGGUGAAGGAAAGGAGGCAGAAGGAAAGGAGGUCACAGGGCCAGCACAGGCUUGUCCAUCCUACGCUGCGACCGCUGCCUUACCAGCCUCUGGUCCCGUCACUGCAACCCUCACUGGCUACUCUGAAGAUGGCGGUGCAAAGAAAGGUGAAGUCAUUCCAGAACACGAGUUUGCUGCGGGACCUGUGUGUCUGGAUGACGAGAACGAGUUUCCUCCUAUUAAUUGGUGCAGAGACGGGACUGGAGGUGGCCAGGCCAGGCGCUCGUGAGGGGUAGAUGGACAGAUGGACAAACAGACAGACAGGCGCUGUGGGAGGAUCAGCGAACAAAAAAGUAUUUCAGGGUGCCAAGUUAUUUUUUUCCAUCAAAGAGAACAUCAUAGUGAUUAACAAUAACAUUUAAGUCAACACAGCACUGACCAAGAAGUAGGUGUCAUGUGGGAUCUGGUCCUCAUGUUACAGAACGAUUGUGUUAAAGCAGCAAUAGUACCUCUAAACUUCCCUCCAGUUUAUUGCCGUCUUACAAAACAUCCCCUGUCAAGUUGAGGACAUUUCUCAACUUGUCAAUGUUGUUAGCAACUUACAAACAUCAGGGGGUUUGUCUUUCAGGAGUGCUGAAAGUAUGAGGUGCAUGCUGGAGCAGUAAUAUAACCACAAUCUCCAUAGCAUUUUUACUUGACACAUAUUUUAAUUUGUUGCAUUAUUGUAGCAACAUUUCUUUUUUCAUUAAUAAUAUUUGAGUUCCCGUUCAUGAUAAAUAAUUGAAUUGUCAUUUUUAUUCUGUAUUGUAAUUAAAUGUAUUAUGUUUUUUAUGUAUGCCUCCUGGAUACACUUCAGAAGGUGUGUUUGUACUAUAUGUUUGUUUGUGCCUAUUAUCAUUUGUAAAAGAGCAAAGUAUUUUGCUAAUUGCACAAGACCAAAACAAGUGAAAGAAACCAAUAAAUAAAGAGUGGAGUAAGAAAGAACCUAUGCAAAGCAAA